UUUUCCUUCCUUCUAUUCUAUUUAUACAAAGGUAGCGUCGUCCGCCUCCAUAUUUAUCGAGACACCUGUGUAAUAACGCAACCUGCGUUGUUUGAAUACAAGUGGAUUUUUCGUCGAAAUAAUUCGUGGAAUUAUCGCGACGAAAAACGCAAACCUUUCGCUAAAUCUCGGUCAAGCAAUACAUUCUUCUAUCGGUGGUGCCUUAUGCCUUGAAAAAUAACGUAAAGUGUUCUUAAGCGUUGAUUGCUCAUCCUUGGGUGUGUCACGAUGAAGUCACUUGGCGUGACUCUGGCGUUCACGCUACUACAAAUAGUAACUGGCCAAAGAACUCCCACGAUAUCCUACAUAUCUCAGGAACAGAUCAAGGAUAUUGGAGGAUCUGUAGAGUUGCAAUGUUCAGUACAAUAUGGGAAUGAAUAUCCCGUUUUGUGGAUAAAAAUUAAUAGGAAUGGUGGAGGGCGCGAUCAACUGCCACUUUCGACCGGCACAAGUUUGAUUGUUCGAGACAGCAGGUUUGCUCUCAGAUAUGACACAGCUUCUUCCACUUACAGUUUACAGAUUAAAGACAUCCAGGAGACAGAUGCCGGACACUAUCAAUGUCAAGUCUUAAUUUCAUUGAAUAAUCGAAUCUCAGCAGAAGUCGAGUUACAAGUUCGUCGACCGCCAAUUAUUAGUGAUAAUUCUACUAGGGCUGUAGUUGUCAGUGAAGGUCAAACCAUCGCAUUGGAAUGUUACGCAGGUGGGUUCCCACCACCAAGGGUCUCGUGGCGAAGAGAAAACAACGCUAUUUUACCCACCGGAGGAUCGAUUUACCGAGGCAAUACGCUGAAAAUAGCGUCGAUUAAAAAGGAUGAUCGUGGCACGUAUUACUGUGUAGCUGAAAACGGUGUUGGUCGUGGAGCAAGGCGUAACAUAAAUGUUGAAGUUGAAUUCGCCCCUGUAAUCACCGCACCACGACCACGCCUCGGACAAGCUUUGCAGUAUGAUAUGGACCUGGAAUGCCACGUGGAAGCUUAUCCUCCACCUGCAAUCGUUUGGAUUAAGGAUGAUAUCCAACUGUCGAAUAACCAACAUUAUAGUAUAUCUCAUUUCGCCACUGCGGACGAAUAUACUGACACGACAAUUAGAGUAAUUACUAUUGAAAAGAGGCAAUAUGGACAAUAUGUCUGCAAAGCGUCCAAUAAACUUGGAACGGCCGAGACCAGAGUUGAGCUUUUUGAAACCAUUAUUCCUGUUUGCCCGCCUGCUUGCGGCCAAGCUCAUUAUGCAACUGGCGUUAUUCCGAUGUCUUCGGGACCUCUGGUAGCUUUAUCCUUGGUUGUUGCAGCUGUCCUAAGAAAUUUCUACUCCAGAUAUUAAUUAUCCGGGACUCCAAUCGGCAGCUGCAGAAUGUCGCGUUGUUUCGAAAUGGUUGCCUGCCUUAAUAAUCGCGACUAUUUUCAUCAAAUUUUAGAUACUAGCCUUAACGACUUGACUCCACUGAAAAAUUUAUCACGACGUUAUUUUUGUAGUUGUUUAUACUAAAAUGAAAAGUGUGAUCAUUUUUAUAAUUUAUGCUCGCGUUAGGUACGACGAAGUGUUGACAUCGUACAAAAGGACAUUCCAAAAAUUCAUAAUACUAAAUCUAACCGUUUAUAGGGAAAAGUGAGUCACUCUUCUACGUUUUUCUUACGUAGCUUCCACACCAUCGGCAUAGAAAAUGCCGAGAUAAAAGCGUGAUUGCGUACAGUCGGAAGCUCUGAAUGAAAAAUGGAUUAGUCUUAAAUUUCAACGUUGGCAGCUUUUAAUCCUUUUUCAUUCAAUGUCUUCGGCUUUAGAACAAUAUUUAUGAUAUUAACCCCAAUGUGGCUCUGGCAUUAUUAACAAGAAUCUCGAUUGUUGGUGCAUUAGGGAAAUUUUUAGAUUCGGUAUUGUAUUAAAAGUACAAUUAGCAGUGCUGUUAAAAACUGUUCUGGAAUAAUGCGCCUUUUUAGAAUGGGCUAUUUAUGGUUUAUAUAGGGUUUGUAAAGACGAUUCAGAGCCAUCUAUUCUUAGUGAUAGCGAAAUAAUUUGUAUAUUACGAACGAAGUAACUUUAGUAGAAUGUCAUUAAAAUAAGUUUUUGUACGAAGUUUUUACAAUGUUAGAAUUUUACGUUUACUGGUUGACGGUAAACUAUCACAACGAAUUUUAAUAAAUGAAAAUUUCGAAAGU